CCCGAGAAGCGACAUGCAACCGCCGCGCUCCGGCUGAGAGGGAAAGGGGCCGGCGCCAUCCGCUCGCCCGGAAUCCGGUCCCCGCGGCGGCUGCGCGUCCGGGCCGCGGCCCCUCGGGCCCGGGAGUGAGCAGCAGUAGCAGGAGGAGAGGCGGCCGGCACGGCGUUGGCCGGGGCUGGGGAGGAGGGACGGGGCGGAGGGAGGGCGCGGGGGGCGGGGAGGGGGCCCCGGCGGAUAAAGAUGGCAAUGUCUCUCAUCCAAGCGUGCUGCAGUCUGGCUCUCUCAACAUGGCUGCUUUCCUUUUGUUUCGUGCAUCUGCUCUGCCUGGACUUCACCGUGGCCGAGAAGGAGGAAUGGUACACCGCCUUCGUGAACAUCACCUACGCCGAGCCCGCGCCGGACCCGGGGGCCGGGGCAGCUGGCGGCGGCGGCGCGGAGCUGCGCACGGAGAAGACGGAGUGCGGGCGCUACGGGGAGCACUCGCCCAAGCAGGACGCCCGCGGGGAGGUGGUCAUGGCCAGCUCGGCCCACGACCGCCUGGCCUGCGACCCCAACACCAAGUUCGCCGCCCCGACCCGCGGCAAGAACUGGAUAGCCCUCAUCCCCAAGGGCAACUGCACGUACAGAGAUAAGAUCCGGAACGCGUUCCUGCAGAACGCCUCCGCCGUGGUCAUCUUCAACGUGGGCUCCAACACCAACGAGACCAUCACCAUGCCCCACGCGGGUGUAGAAGACAUAGUGGCCAUAAUGAUUCCUGAGCCAAAAGGGAAGGAGAUAGUAAGCCUGCUGGAAAGAAACAUCACUGUGACGAUGUACAUCACCAUCGGAACCCGGAACUUGCAGAAAUAUGUGAGCCGCACUUCGGUUGUGUUUGUCUCCAUCUCCUUCAUUGUCCUGAUGAUCAUUUCCCUCGCAUGGCUCGUCUUUUAUUACAUCCAGAGGUUUCGAUAUGCAAAUGCCAGGGAUAGGAACCAGCGCCGACUGGGAGAUGCAGCAAAGAAAGCCAUCAGCAAACUCCAGGUCAGGACCAUCAAGAAGGGUGACAAGGAAACAGAGUCUGAUUUUGACAACUGUGCAGUUUGUAUUGAAGGGUACAAGCCCAAUGACGUUGUCCGGAUCCUGCCCUGCCGGCAUCUUUUCCACAAGUCCUGUGUUGACCCCUGGCUUCUAGACCAUCGCACCUGUCCCAUGUGCAAGAUGAACAUUCUUAAAGCCCUAGGGAUCCCGCCCAAUGCCGACUGCAUGGACGACUUGCCCACUGACUUCGAGGGCUCUCUGGGAGGUCCACCGACCAACCAGAUCACAGGAGCAAGUGACACAACAGUGAAUGAAAGUUCAGUCACUUUGGACCCUGCUGUCCGGACUGUGGGAGCCUUGCAGGUGGUCCAGGAUACAGACCCCACUGCCCAGGAGGGAGAAGUCAUCUUUACUACUAACAGUGAGCAAGAGCCAGCUGUAAGCAGCGAUUCUGACAUCUCCUUGAUCAUGGCAAUGGAGGUUGGACUGUCUGAUGUAGAACUUUCCACUGACCAGGACUGUGAAGAGGUGAAAUCUUGAAAUGACAAAACCAGAAGAAAGAGAUAGUAGGACCCAAGGGGAAGGAAGGGAGGAGUGCUCCAAGACUUGGACCAGGCACACACAGACCUCCAGAUCACCUUGGCAACUCCGGGGUGCUCCAUUCAAGAAUGCUGACGAAAAGCAAUAUCCAAAGUCUUGUCAAUCAGGUUACAGUUUCUCCAUCUGGACAGCAGUCUGUGGCCUUGGCAGCUGGGAAGUUGAAAGCUGAUUUCUGCUCCCAUGUCCAUGUAGACAUACACUUCAGAAGCUCCUAAAACAGAGACUGAAAGGACACCUUUAGGAUUUCUUAGUUUCAGUUCUUUCUAUGUCUUACCAUUCUUGUUUUUGGCAUGGUUUUUUGAUUUCUUUGGCAAUUUCUUUUUAAAGAUUAUUUGUAGUUUAGUUUCCAUCUAUUCCUUUGUUUUUCCUUUGAUUCACUCCACUUUUAUAUAGAUUUCUGUUUAGAGGCACCAGUUCCUGCUAUGAUCAGUUUGUAUUCCAUCUCUGAGAUGUAUGGUCUUGACCUCUCGGCAUGAAGUGUGCAUGGCUUUGAGAAGUGCCUCAGCAUCCUGAAAUGGACUAAGGCCCGCUUUCAUUAAGAAUCUAAGUUCUUCUAAGUGGGCCUUUAAAAAUCCCAGCUGCCAGAGACCCCAACAUUAAGCUCUAAAUCUGCUGAGGUCACUGCUGGUUAUUUUAAGCCACGUCACACUGGCUUCCACUGGCCGGGCUUGAUUAAGGGCCCACAUGACAUGAGAAGGGCUCCAGGGAAGCUGUUCCAUUCAUCUGGGUCUUACAGUCUUUGGCUGAAAUUCUGAACUCGGAAGUCCCCUCCAAGGCAUCCAGUCUUUGGCAGUUGUAAGGCUGAUUUUAAAACCAGAUACUGCAUAUUCUUCCCAUUGAAGGCAAAAUGCCCAUUGCAUUGGUUUCCCCUGGGCUAGAACAGUUUUUUUCUUACUUCUGUCAGUGGGUUCUGUAAAAGAUGGAGGCUCUAGAGAAAAGCCAAUCAUGUUUAAGUCCAGUGGCAAACACAGCCGGGGCUGCAGUAGCACCCAGCUUUUACCUUAAUUUCAGCAUACUUCUGUGGAAUCUCACCAGACCAUGUGGAAGGAUUUAGGUGAAUCCCUAGCAGAUUGCUUCCCAGGGAUCCCUGAGUGUGUCCAAAUACCAAGUGAGGAAGGAAGUGUGAUUUGCUGUAUCAUUUGAACCAAAAAGUAUGCAGCAUGAGAAUUUGCUAGAUCAAGUUUAUCCUGACUGAACUAGACAAAGUGAGAGGGAAAGGAAAAGAGGCAUCAAGUACAUACUGAAACCCAACAGUGUUUUUAAACUGUUUCUGUUUUUAUUCAUUUUUUGUAACUAUGACAGAAAUGUGCUAUUUUUUCAGUGGGCAAUUUUGUAAUACAUGGAGACUAUCCAGAUACAGAAAUGACUAAAGUCCUCGAUAGUGUCCCUGAACAAUCAGACGGAUCACCUUAUCUCUAGCAGCUGGCAAAGAUCAGGCCACAGCUUGGAUUAACUAGGAAAGAAAGCUUUUCUCAAUGAGUUGUUUUCACGUAUUGAUGGGGGCUUUUCCACCUCAUUAGACUAAUACUCAUUCAAAAAGAGUUUGGUUCUGCUGUAAAUCCUUGCAGCCUGCUGAAACAUGGAGUGCAGGUCAAGGGAGAACACUAGCUGCUCUUUUUUCACCACCUUCACCAAUUUCCUAUUUGAUGGUUUAUAAGUAGACAGUAAGGCAAAGAAAAUGAUUAUUACCUUCAGAAAGGUCACAUCUCCCUAAGAGUCCAGCGCUUCCUGUAAUGAAAUCCACCCCCCAUGAGUAGGAAAAGAGGCAGGGAGGAAUGAAGAGAGCUCUGAAUCAAGAAUCCUUGAUGAACCACAUGCUUACUAAGCCCUGGCUUCUCCAUAUAUAAAGUGAAGGGCUUAACAACAUGACUCCCCACGCUCCUCUGGCUGUAGGACCACUGAUGAGCCUUUCACAGGCAGAAUCCAUUCUUGCAGAUAGCUAUGACUUGUGGCAAUCAGGCUUCAUAGCUUAAGGAGGUAGAGUUACUUGACAUGUAACAUGUAAUAAUAGCCUUUGAGACUUGGCACAACUAUGUUGUUGAGAAUGAAAAUCUAAAUGAUUGACGUUUUAAGUCUAAUUAGGAGUUGGUUUGUUUUGCCUUGUUUAAAAAUUGCUGUUAGUCACAGAGAUUGUGAUCUCUGGAUACCUUCAAAUCCUAGCUCUCACUUGACCUCAAAGGUGUUUAUUUUUCACAAUCAGCAUAGACUUACUCCUCCUUCAGUCAGCUUUGCCCAAAACAAAUUUUAGUAUUACUGGCGUUAACGUUAGUCCAGUGGAAUUAGAAGAAUAAUUCAACAGCAACAGAAAUAAAACUUGUAUUCCAUUCCCAGAGAGAAAAUGUGCUUUGAAUUGUUAACUCCUCUGAUUAACGAGUAUUUUCUCUUCCUGCCAAGAACUAGGUGAAUCAGGAAUUAAUUGCAUAUGCAAGCCCUGGCCACAGCUGCCCUUACAGGAUGCCUCAUAGACAAUGAGGGGUCUGAAAGGCCAACCCAAGGCUUGUGGAUCUGACCACAAGGAGGUCCUGCUGCAAACCCCUGAGCCUUUGCCAUUCACGACUUACCAAAGGUUUGUUUCUGGAGGAUUUUCCUGUAGCUUUGAUAGUUUAAGAAAAAAAAUAAAAACUUAACCAGAAAGUUUCCCUUUCAAAAGAAAGGGCAACAGUCCUUCCUCAUAGCCUUCUUUAUCUCCCCAAAAGAAGAAACUCUGACAUGAAGACCCAGUAGUCUAAAGAUGAGUAUCAGAGGGUAUAUAUACCCUCUAGAAGCAAAUGCAAACUGUAUGUAUUUUAAGAUAUGCAUUUUUCUAUAGCAAGAGUCUAGAUUAGCACUGUCCCGCAGAAACAUAAUGCAAGUCACAGACAUGAUUUUAAAAUUUCUACUAGCUACAUUUUAAAGUGUAAAAAGAAACAGGUAAAGAUAAUUUUAAUUAUGUACUUUAACCUAAUAUUGUUUUAACAUGUCACUAACGUAAAUUAAUGACACGUUUUACCUGCUUUUUCUUUUACCUCUAAAUCCAUUGUGUCUUUUACACUCACAGCACCUUUCAGUUUGGAUAGUGACAUGUGGCUAGUGGCUGCCAAUUGGACAGUGCAGGUCUAGAGUUCCUCCAGUAUUCUCAUGAGAUCCCCUGGCCCUUACAGAAGAAAAGAAGGUUAAAACCUUAAUUACCUCCAGGGAGAACUGGAUACCACCCAAGUGGCCUAAUGAGAGGCCCAGAGGUCCAUUUAUUUUGCAGUGAAUAAAGAUUCAGGCAACCCUUUUUAAAAUUUCUGCUUGAGCUUUCUGACCAUAUCAUUGAUGUCCAUGACCAUCUGUUGUUACUUCUCUGACAAGUUGUUAUUUAAAAGUCACACAAACCAUGCUGAUUUGGUGCUGAAACAAAAUUAUACCCCCUCACGUCUAUGGCAAACCUUUAGACGGAUAUGUGGCACUUAGGAGCCAAAGAGAACUCCAGACUGAAAUUACCCAACGUUACCUCAACCCCUUCUUCUUCUUCUUCAUGGUUGACAGAGGUCCUUUCCCGGUGUCUCCUAGUCCCACAGCUGUAGUGAAAACUCAUGAACUUGGGAGGAAAGAAUGAGAAAUUACAUAUUGACUCCAAAUGCAAGACUUUAUGUGGCCUUAUUGAAAAAGAAUCUUUAGGGGCCUGUGACCAUCCAGCCUCUGCUUGGUGUGUUAUGUCCACCUCCAACAGCCAGCAUUUUACUCCAAGCCAGCAUCCACCUGCCACCCCAACACUAUGGGGAAGAAAAGGAGCAUUUACAUUCUCUCAAAAUCAUGUAGGGUUACCUUUAGGAAUUGCUAUGUCCUGUGUGGCUAGUCCCUUCGGAAGAGCUGAGCCCUGACUAUGAAUACAGCUUUUGAACAUUGACGUAAUCUCUAGGGUUUGAUAUUCCCUGGAAUGUCACCUCUGGUCAUCUACGCAGGGAGAAGUACACUCUGGAGAAGGUACAAAAUUAAAAGUGGCAAAGGUACUACCCAUUUUUGACAUCACAUGGUAAUGAUUAGAAUCAUGGAGGCAAAGCUCUGUCCAAAAACAUUCAUUUGUUUUGUUUUGUUUUCUUGUUUUUAACAUUUCCUUCAUCCUGGUGAAAUAUCCUGGAAAUUCAUAGAUCUGGGUUUGAUCAUUUCAAAAAUCACCAUGCCCAGUGGCUAUUUCAGUUACUGCCAUUUCAGUUACUGCCCUGACAUCCUUGAGGCUACGUACUCUCAAAAUAAAAACUGAUGCCAGUGAUCUAACUUAGGGUUCUUUCUUAUUUAUGAGUUUUGUUUAGAUGGAUAUUUUUGCAGAGUAUAAAAAAUUAAAUGACCUUUAAUUAUCCAUUGAAUGUAUCACCCUGACUUUAAAGAAAAAUCCUUGAAUCAAAACUUUUUUAAAAAAUCUGGCAUGUGGAGUCACUCCCUCUGUGAAGCCAGGGCAGUCUUUUCUGGUACUAAGGCCGCUGAGGCAAUUUCUAGUAGCACCUUUAUAUAUUCUCUCACUUAGAGUUCUUUUCCUUUUCUGUCUGUAUCCAUUUUUCUCUGACUGCCUAUACCUUUCUUUACAUACACAUACAUAAAUUAUUUCCCCCUCUUCUCUCUCCUCCUUUUUUUUUCUAAUAUGUUUUCUCUCUUGCAAGAAAUUCCAAAAUAACCUUCAGGACAAAAAAACUGGAGGUUCUUUACCCACAGAGUUCUUCUCAUUAUCAUGAUUACCAUUGUUACUAUUGUUGGUGUUUUUCUUCUUUUUAUUGUGUGGCAGUAUCUAUAGCCACUUCUGAUGAGACAAACCAGCUCACCAUAAACCAAUGUCCUCCCUUCAUGGAGUCAGUUUCAUUUUCACUUCUUAUAACACCACUUGUAUCUCAACCCAUCUUACAACUAUUUCCAUUUUUUUCAGCCUUCCUUGCCAUAAAUGUUUUCUAGGCAAAUAAUGGCAAAGCAACAAUUCCAGAAUGCUGUCUAUUUCUGCUUUCUCCCGUUCUCAGCACUUGUGACCUUCCUCAAAGUUAGGAUUUCUUGGAAAAACGUGUAUACUGCAUCUGAUGGGACGCCCAUGCUUCCUAACAUCUUAGCUUGCUCAUCAUAAGUGAUCUGAGGGCCACUAUCCUGAACACUGACAAAGAGACACAGAGAGACUACCUUCCUAAGGUGGGGAUGCAUGGUUCUUCAUGCAGUGCUCUUGGCCACCGAGAUCCUGCAUCCAUGCCAUUGCAUAGAUGAGUACAUUUGAGGUCGGCAGUUACAGUGGGAUGGGAGUGUCACUCUGUUUAGGGAGCUGGUGAAAGCAGGGCUGUGCCUAACAAAAUGUGCAUGCUGUCCCCAAAUAAAUGCUCAUCCCUAGGUUUAGAGCUGACCUGGGGUUUGCGGGGGAGGGUCAUGUUUUUAAGGAAUUAAAUACUCAUAAGUUAAAAUACUCAUGAUUGCAAAGAAGGUCGGGAUUGCCUAAAGAACAUAGACUAAUUCUAAGACACUAAUAUGAGUGUCUCAUCAUCUCUUAGCUCUUCCUCUCCCCUCCUUUUGUCCUCACUCAACCCCAGACCCCGUGUAAUAGCAACAUUAAUUUUUAAAGACCCACAGAUCAAUAGCCACAUUCUUCCACUCUGCACCUUUUAUUGACACUAAAUUAUCAUCCUAGAACUAAUAAAGCAAGUCCAGAUGUUAGACGUGGCUGGCCCCUUAAUAUCGAGCCAUUUGAUUGCAAUCCCGUUUGUUCUACAAGAACCCGCUGAGGUCAGUCACAUCUCUCUUUACUGCCUUGAGUGCUUCAUAAGUGGCUUUUUCAGGAAUUUCAGUGAUCAAAGGUCUUCUAAUCCUGUGCUACUACUGACGUUUACACUUAUACAGAGCCAUUUGCUCUAUGGCCACCUGAUAAAUAUUUGCUGAUGAUAAUGAUAAGACAAAAAUACACACAUCUCUUAAGAGGUCUGCAAUGUCUAAAUACAGUGAGGGAGAAAAAUCUUUAGAAAAUUUUGCUUAAUCUGAAUUACUGGAAGUCAUUGCUUGGCAGAAUAUCUGUGGUCUCUUAGUGAAGUGACAGUUUUGGAGAAGCAGGGAAAAUGUGGGGACCAUGUGUGCUGUAUAAACCAAAGACUGAUCACCGUCCAAAUGAACACAUGUUUCUUCCAUUGACUAGUUGAAUUUUCUCCUAAUGUUCUCAUAAAUGAAGGUGAAGGUGGGUGGCAUGGUUGAAUGAAACCAUUAAACCUUAUGGGGCUUUCUCUUGCAGACUGUUGAUUGACCUUACUAAAUCCUGAAAUCUAAAAAUUGAAUUGUGGCCUUCGUACCACACCAUCUUUAAAGUCUAGUGUUUAGUCCCUUUUCCUUCAGAACUUUCCAACAAAUCUAGCGCUUUACUGAACUCAGAAUAUUGUUCUCUUUGAGAAUGUGAAGAUUUUAAAUAGCCAAAGAAUUUUCAUGUAUAAGAGCUAGCUAAAUAUAGUAUAUCCUGCUCUUUUGAAGAAGAUACCAAACUGUUGCCUGUACUAAUGGGUAUAAUAGAGCAGCUGAAGAACUAACACAUACAUGGACUUUUCCUUCUGAAUUUGUGUUGGCGUCGAUGGUACUUACUGUUCAGUAGGACGUUAUUGCGAGGGGCAGAGUGCCCUCUGCUGGAAUAAUCGCAAUUAUUCUUUCAGCAAGUUACUUUGACUUGGGUCACGAAUUCAACAACCAGUUAUUUGCCUUUCAUCAUACAAUUUCUUUGGUAGUUGAGAAUUUGGUCUAUGUUUAUCAAAUGAGGAAACAAUGUCACGAACUCUAAAAAGUUGAAGGAGACCCCACAGAUCGUCUCAGUGUCGACAGCCCUCCUGCAAAAUGCUGGAGGAUAAUGUUGCUCUGUUUGCAAAGAAGAUGCCUCUGGCAAGAAUGUUUGUGCAGUUAUAAGCAAGAAGCUGCUUGUUUUGUAACUUAUCUCAACUUUAUUCUUGUGAAAUUUCAAAGGAAGAUCAAUAAAAGGACUUCUUUCAUAUGAAUGUAAA